AUGGCUGUUCUUGACAUCAACCAAGCUCGUGCUUGCUUUCCGUCCCUGAGAUCAGGGCAUAUUUAUGCCGAUAACGCAGGGGGGUCACGGACUGCUCAGGCAGUGAUCGAUCGGGUCGUGGAUUAUCUGUCCAACACCAACGUACAGCUGGAAGCUGGCUAUUCGGCUGUAAACUCUCAGCGCGUUGUUGAGGGCUCCAUCGCUGCUGCAGAGUUGUUCAAUGCUACAUCUCUCGAUGAGAUUGGGUUUGCAUCGAGUUCGACGAUGCUAUUCGAAAAUAUAGCUAGAGCACUCGAGAAUGAUAUUCAACCUGGAGACGAAUUCAUCAUCACCUAUGAACAUGAAGCCAACAACGGUCCUUGGAAGCGUCUGGCUGCGCGGCGCAAUGCCGUGGUCAAAUAUUGGCAUCCCAUACCAGUAUCUGCAGAAAAUCCUUACUCGGUUACAUAUAGGGUCGAAGAACUUUUGCCACUGGUUUCAUCACGCACCAGGCUGGCCGCGAUCACCGCGUGCUCCAAUAUUCUAGGAUCUGUGGUUCCUGUGGAAGAAAUAGUGAAAGCUCUUCGCCAGCGUGCAAAAGAGCAGGGAGCAAUAAAAUUCGAAGUGGCUUUGGACUGCGUUGCAUACGCAUCACAUAGAAAAAUGGACGUACAAAGGUGGGAUGUCGAUUACUGCGUAUUUUCUGUGUACAAGGUGUUCGGGGCUCAUAAUGCCACUGCUUACGUGCGGUCAGCGGCUCUGCGGACAUCCUUCACGUCCAUUGUCCAUGAUUUCCUAAAGGUGGACGACAAGCCCUAUAAGUUUCAACCAGGCGGUCCAGGCCACGAGCUCGUGUAUGGUGCAUCGGCAAUCGUGCCAUAUCUAAAGGGUGUUCGCAUCUUUGGGACAAGCGAGAUUAAUGUCUCAAGGAUUCCUACUGUCUGCUUUGUUGUCGUCGGACAGAACGCGAUCAAGAGUAAAGAUAUCGUGGAAGCAUUUCACAAAAAGGGAGGGAUCUCAAUUCAAUGCGGCCACUUCUGUGCGUAUUAUCUUAUUGAUAAUUUACGCCCAAAGUUGGACGUGAAUGACGGAGUCGUCCGCAUUUCACUUGUCCACUAUAACACCAUUGAGGAGGUGGAGAAGAUCGUGGACGUACUGCGGGAAGUUCUGGCUUAG